GUGCACGCGCGGCGCGGUAGACGAGGAGAAAACGGGAAGCGAGAGAGAGAGAGAGAGAGAGAGAGAGAGAGAGGAGCUGUGGGAGGAGGGCGACGUGACGGGAGGACUCCACACAGAAGCUCUGCGGACGGACUACGGCGGACACACCGAGAGAGAAGAGAGACGACGACAACAACAACAACAACAACAACACAACGACCGGACCGUGUCCGCGCUCCGUCUGGAGGUCUGAGCGGCCGGAUACGUGGAGCGGACCUUUUUACGCACGACAGCGUUUUCCUGCGCUAGAAAAAAAACCAGCCCCGGUUUUUUUUUUGGGGACAGGAGGCGCGAGGCGGCUCGCCUGCCUCUUCCUCGUCCUCGUCCUCGUCCGCGUCCGGGAGAGGAGGAGGAGGAAGAAGGAGGAGAAGAAGAAGAAGAAGAAGAAGAAGAAGAAGAAGAAAAGGUUUCACGUAGCGGAGGAGGUUAACGGAGCGGCGGACUGAAGGCGCAGUGGAGGAGUUCCAGCGGCGUCCAGUAGUACCUCAGCAGUAACUCCACCGGAUAGCGUUCAGCUGACUGUUACCUCGGGAGCCAAAGCUUUGGGAUGUCCUGAGUCAGUCCUCCGGGCCCAGAGAGCGGUGUGCUGAUGGGACCUGCUGCGCCACCAUGAGCUUACAAGAUGGCGGCUGCAGCUACGCCAGCAGCGCCAACAUGGCCACCGCCAGUGGCAGCAUGCGGCGGCGCCUGGAGGACCAGGAAUUCACCCUCCGCGUCUACCCGGGCGCCCUGGCUGAGGGCACCAUCUAUUGCCCUGUCGGCGCCCGCAAGAACACCACAGCUGCUGAAGCCAUCGAGUGCCUCAUUGAGCGGUUGCACCUGGAGCGUACCAAAUGCUACGUGUUGGCCGAGGUGAAGGAGUUUGGUGGGGAGGAGUGGAUCCUGAACCCUGGCGACUGCCCCGUCCAGCGGAUGAUGUUAUGGCCGCGAACUGCGCUGGAGAAUCGCAGCGGCCUGGGCAGCGGCGAGGACUACCGCUUCCUCCUGCGGGAGAAGAACCUAGAUGGAUCCAUUCACUAUGGGGGCAGCUUGCAAAUGUGGUUGCGGGUGACGGAGGAGCGUCGGCGCAUGGUAGAACGGGGUUUCCUACCCCAGCCCGCAGGGAGCAAUCCUCCGUCUGACCUUUGCGCUCUCCCAGAGCUAACAGAGCGCGCCAUUUUGGAAAGCCUCCGUGCACGUUUCCGCCAGGAGAAGAUCUACACGUACAUUGGGAGUAUUCUUAUCGUGAUUAACCCGUUCCAGUUUCUGCCCAUCUACAAUCCUAAAUAUGUCAAAUUGUACGACAACCACGCACUGGGGAAGCUGGAGCCCCACAUUUACGCUGUGGCGGAUGUGGCGUAUCAUGCCAUGCUGCAGCGAAGAAAGAACCAGUGCAUAGUCAUUUCUGGUGAAAGUGGGUCAGGGAAGACCCAGAGCACCAACUUCCUCAUUCAUCACCUGACUGCACUCAGCCAGAAGGGGUUCGCCAGUGGGGUGGAGCAGAUCAUCCUGGGAGCCGGGCCUGUAUUAGAGGCCUUUGGGAACGCCAAGACGGCCCACAACAACAACUCCAGCCGCUUCGGGAAGUUCAUCCAGGUCAACUACCAGGAGAGUGGCACUGUCAGGGGAGCCUACGUGGAGAAGUACCUUCUGGAGAAAUCUCGUCUGGUGUACCAGGAGCACAAUGAGAGGAACUACCAUGUGUUCUACUACCUUUUGGCUGGAGCCAGUGAAGAUGAGAGGAAGGCUUUCCACCUGCUUAAACCUGAGGAAUACCACUACCUCAACCAGAUGACAAAGAAAUCGCACAAACUCCACUGGGACAAUUACUAUGAGAGCGAGCUGCAGGACUGCUUCACCGUGGAAGGAGAGGAUCUGAAGCACGACUUUGAGCGGCUGCAGCUCGCCAUGGAGAUGGUCGGCUUCCUCCCCGCUACGCGCAAACAGAUCUUCUCGCUGCUGUCGGCGAUCCUCCACCUGGGCAACAUCCGCUACAAGAAGAAGACCUACAGGGACGAUUCCAUCGACAUCUGCAACCCAGAGGUCCUGCCCACCGUCUCGGAGCUGCUCGAGGUGAAGGAGGAGAUGCUGCUUGAGGCGCUGACGACCAGGAAAACGGUGACCGUCGGGGAGAGGCUCAUCGUGCCCUACAAACUUGCUGAGGCGGGCACUGUGAGGGACUCCAUGGCCAAGUCACUGUACAGCGCACUGUUUGACUGGAUCGUGUUCAGGACCAACCACGCCCUGCUGAACAACAAGGACCUGGAGGACACUUCAAAGAUCCUCUCCAUAGGCGUCCUAGACAUCUUUGGUUUCGAGGAUUAUGAGAACAACAGCUUUGAACAGUUCUGCAUCAACUUCGCCAACGAACGGCUCCAGCACUACUUCAACCAACACAUCUUCAAACUAGAACAGGAGGAGUACAGGGCUGAGGGCAUAACCUGGCACAACAUCGAAUACAUCGACAACAGCGGCUGCAUCAAUCUCAUCAGCAAGAAACCCACGGCGCUGUUCCACCUGCUGGAUGAAGAGUGCAAUUUCCCCCAGGCCUCCAAUCAGACCUUGCUGGACAAGUUCAAGCGUCAGCAUGAAGGAAACAGCUACAUCGAGUUCCCUGCUGUCAUGGAGCCUGCCUUCAUCAUCAGACACUACGCUGGAAAAGUCAAGUACGGAGUCAAGGACUUCAGGGAGAAGAACACCGACCACAUGCGCCCCGACAUCGUGGCCUUGCUGAAGAGCAGCAAGAACGCCUUCAUCUGCGGCCUGAUGGGAAUCGACCCCGUGGCGACCUUCCGCUGGGCCGUGCUGCGAUCUUACUUCAGAGCCCUGGUGGCUUUCAGGGAGGCCGGCCGCAGACACACCCACAAAAAAACUGGGAACGAUGCAGCAGUUCCCUGCACCGUUGUCAAAACUGUUGACAGCUUCAGUUUCCUCCACCACCCGGUUCACCAGAGGAGCCUCGAGAUCCUUCAGAGAUGCAAAGAUGAGAAAUACAGCAUCACGAGGAAGAACCCCCGCACUCCUCUGUCAGAUCUCCAAGGCACCAAUGCCCUGAAUGAGAAAGCCAGCUGGGAUGGCUACGGCGUCGGCUGCAACGGUCGCAGCUCCAGGUCGAGUCGCCUCUCCUCGACAGGAAGUCCCUCCCUGGAAGAGGACGGGAUCUUCCUCAACUCGACCAACAGCAAGCUCCUGGAGAGAGCUCAGGGCAUCCUGCUGAGGAACAAAAACUGCAAAAGCAAGCUGUCCCUUCCCAAGCACUUGUUGGACGUGAAGUCUCUGCGCCACCUGAGCAGCGUGACGCUGCACGACCGCAUCACCAAGUCUCUGCUUCACCUGCACAAGAAGAAGAAACCGCCCAGCAUCAGCGCACAGUUCCAGGCGUCCCUCAAUAAGCUGAUGGAGACUCUGGAUCAGUCGGAGCCAUAUUUCGUCAAGUGUAUUCGAUCCAACGCCGAGAAGCUGCCGCUGCGCUUCAAUGACAGUCUGGUGCUCAGGCAGCUCAGAUACACGGGUAUGCUGGAAACCGUCCGGAUCCGCCAAUCAGGAUACAGCAUCAAGUACACCUUCAAGGACUUUGUGCGUCACUUCCACGUGCUGCUGCCUCGAGGCACGAGCCCGACCAAGUCCGGUAUCAGGGAGUUCUUCAGACGGAUCCACCUGAUGCCUGCUGGGUAUCAAGUGGGCAACACAAUGGUGUUCCUGCGGGAGGUGGAGCGUCAGCGACUUCAGACCCUCCUCCAUCAGGAGGUCCUGCGGCGGAUCGUCACACUGCAGCGCCGCUUCAGGGCCGUGCUGGAGAGGAAGCACUUUGUCGACAUGAGACGAGCUGCUCGUGCCGUCCAGCGAUGGUGGCGAUGCUGCCUCCUCAGACAAUCCGCCAUCGACUCGAGCAUUGAGGAGGGGGCGGCAGUCUGUCUGCAGGCGGCCUGGAGGGGCUACGCGGAGCGCAGGAGCUUCCUGCAGUCGCGGGAGGCCGCCAUCGCCAUACAGAGGAGCUGGAGGAACUGCCGCCGUCGCAGGGCUUCGGCCGCCGUAACGGUUCAAACGGCCUGGAGGGGCUUCAGAGAGAGGAGCCGCUACUGCGGGACGUGCAGGACUGUGACGCAGCUGCAGGCGAGGGGAAGGGGAUACCUGGCUCGACUCAGGCUCAGAGAAGUGAAGACGCAGCAUGAAAGACUCUGUGGAGAGCAGAGUACAUCAGCAGAGAUGGAUGCAGGAACCACGGAAGACCUGACUUCAUUGGGACAGGACAGCGGUGUCCAGGACAUGUCGGCAGAACUCUCCGAAGACCCCAAGCCCGUUUUGGUCGAUGUGGGAGAGACGGAGAAAGAAGAGGACUCGGAGCGAAGCAGGAGCGUGGAUGAGACGAGCCACAAGAACCGGUCGAAACGCGAGAGCAGGCGGAUGAGGGAGCUGGAGCAGGCCCAGUUCAGCUUGAAGCUCCUGAGGGUCCGGACCACCAGUGUGGGAGGUCCUGCGCAGGAAGACUCAGUCCCAGACAGCGGCACCUCUCAGCCGGAAGAGCAUCACAGACACUCCCGACGACAAUCUAGUCAUGGCAGCUUUGAGCUUCUCAGUGUAGACGACAUGGAGACCGACGGCUCUGGAGGUUCUGGUUCCCAGUCGACUGCACCUCAAGAACAAUCCCACGCUCUGGAUAUUCAACUACACGAGAGGCUGAGAGAUUCUAACUCUAAUGAAAAGCCUGUAAUGGAGGUUGCCAGGGCAACAUUUUAUAUCGCUUCCGACCAAAGUCCAGUUCAUGAACCAAAAUUCGAAAGCCCCAGCAAAUCUUACCAAGAGAGAAGGGAGUCCACCUCUCGAAGGCCGGUUGUGGUUUUGAUCAGUAUGCAGAAGGAGAGCCCUGUGGAUGAGGAGGAGCUGCUGGCAGCCCAAACCCUGGAAGGAGCUCCCCAAACAGGAACGGCAUCAUCCGGUUCUCAAACGACCCCGAUUGUAGGCUUGGAGGUCGGCUCAGACACAGAGCAGGCCCAUGGGACUGCUGCCCGGCCCAGUAGAGACGUGAACGGGGUGGACGAGUCCUCCGUGUUGCCCUCAUCGACCCCCCAUGGAUCGAGUCCGGACGCACCGGGGAUUUCCUCCUCGGAGGUGGACAUCCAGAUCAUCCUGGAGCCCAAGCCCGCUGUUCCCCCAACUCAGCCGGAAAGGAACGUGGUCCAGCCAGCGCAGGGGGCUCCCAGCCCGACCCUGGACACCAAACCACCCAAAGCCCAGAAGAAGAGCUCGGCGCAGACUGUGAUCGUGAACAUGGUGGAGAAACCGUCCAACUCGGUGUUCUCCCCGCCCAGACGCAAGCUACCGUUCUCCAAGUCUGAUAAGGAUUUGGUGAACCAGGAAAGAUCCCUUGCCAUGUUCAGAGAUGACUCGAAAUCUGCUGGAUCCAGAAACAGAGAGCAGGUGGGCCGUCCAGGCCCCAAAAAGAAAGCUCGUAUGUCCCGGACGCGCUCUGACUUCCUCACCCGCUGUAACUCUGAGGGGGCGACGCAGUCAGACGACGACGACGAAUACUACAUCCCCGCCCACUCCCGCACGCUGCCCCCCUCCCUGUCUCCCUCCCUCGCCCGCCCUGAAGCAGACUGUCACAGUGACUCCGAGAUGUCUUCUCACAAAGACCAGAAGAAAAUCCAUAAAACCAUGUCAUCAGGAGACCUCGGCAAGGUCGAGGUCCUCAGGAAAACCUCCAGUCACGAUGGAAGCAGGAUGAGAGGGAAGAUGCGAUUCUGGAGCAAGACGAAGCAUGGAGAGAAGAAACUGUCGAGAGAGAAGCAGCCGAGCAUGAGUGAGGCCGGAGAGACACAUGAAGGCCCCUCUCCUCCUCACAGUCCGGACCUGGAGGCAGCCUCCUCCGGAGGGGUCAGGGACAGUAAGGAGAACAAGGAGCCGUCUCCUAAAAUGAGGAGGCGUCGCAGUGUGAAGAUCAGCAGCAUCGCCCUGGAGCCCGCCCAGUGGCAGAACGACGCCCUGCACAUCCUGUCGUCGGCCCACGACUACCGCAGCAUGAACGACUUCCUCAUGAAGAAGAUCGCUGACCUUGAUUCCGAAGACAGUAAGAAGGACACCAUGGUGGACGUCGUCUUCAAGAAGGCGCUGAAGGAGUUCCGGAUCAACAUCUUCAACUCGUACUCCACCGCUCUGGCUAUGGAUGACGGGAAGAGUAUCCGUUACAAGGACCUCUACGCCUUGUUCGAGCACAUCCUGGAGAAGACCAUGCGCCUGGAGCAGAGGGACUGGAGCGAGUCGCCGGUGAAGGUGUGGGUCAACACCUUCAAGGUCUUCCUGGAUGAAUUCAUGACCGAGUACAAGCCCAUGGAGGGAACCAUCGGCCGGGCUCCUAAACGUGAGCGCAAGAAGUCGCGGAAGAAGGAAACUGACAUUGUGGAAGAACACAAUGGCCACAUUUUCAAAUCCACCCAGUACAGCAUCCCCACCUACUGCGAGUACUGCUCCUCCCUCAUCUGGAUGAUGGACAGAGCCUGCGUCUGCAAACUGUGUCGCUACGCCUGCCACAGGAAGUGCUGUUCCAGGAUGACGACCAAGUGCAGUAAAAAGUAUGAUCCAGAGCUGUCGUCUCGGCAGUAUGGCGUGGAGUUGUCCCGUCUGACCAGCGAGGAGCGCACGGUGCCACAGCUGGUGGAGAAGCUCAUCAACUACAUCGAGAUGCACGGCCUCUACACAGAGGGGAUCUACAGGAAGUCGGGCUCCACCAAUAAGAUCAAAGAACUCCGUCAGGGGCUGGACACAGAUGUGAACAGUGUGAACCUGGACGACUACAAUAUCCACGUCAUCGCCAGUGUCCUCAAACAGUGGCUGCGCGACCUGCCCAGCCCGCUCAUGACCUUUGAACUGUACGAGGAGUUCCUCAGGGCCAUGGGUCAGCCAGACAAGCGGGAGGUGAUCCGAGGCGUGUAUUCUGUGAUCGACCAGCUCAGCAGGACACACCUGAGCACACUGGAGCGCCUCAUCUUCCAUCUGGUCAGGAUCGCCCUGCAGGAGGAGACAAACAGGAUGUCAGCCAACGCCCUCGCCAUCGUGUUUGCUCCAUGCAUCCUUCGCUGCCCGGACUCCAUCGACCCUCUGCAGAGUGUCCAAGACAUCAGCAAAACCACCGCGUGCGUGGAGCUUAUCAUCAACGAGCAAAUGCGAAAAUACAGAGCUCGACUGAAGGACAUCAGCAGUCUGGAGUUUGCGGAGAGCAAAGCCAAGAGCAGACUGACCCACAUCCGCAAAUCCAUGAAACCAGUACUAAUUGCCGUUAGGUUUAUGAGCAUUACCCGCACUGCCACCCCGAGUAAAGGCCGCGUUCGACAAAGCAGCACCCACACGCCUUCGCCUCCUCUAAGCCCCCGAGUGCCCCCCGAGGUGGAUGGAGAGAGUGCAGGAGGAGGUGGAUGUGGAGGAGGAGGAGGAGGAGGAGAGGAUGCUGCUGCAGAGGCCGGGCUGAAUGAGCAGCAGCAGCUGGCGAUGCAGCAGGAGGAGCGAAUCCUCACCGAGCAGAUUGAGAGUCUGCAGAAAGAGAAGGAGGAGCUGACGUACGAGAUGUUGAUCUUGGAGCCGCGGGUGUCCGACGAUGAGACUCCUGAAUCCGAAGCCUCCAUCGGGACGGCAGACAGCUUUGAAAAUAUUACCAUGGAGACCAAAGGAGCCACCUGCGACCCUUCGGAUUGCAUCACGUAUCGCUCCAGAAAGUCCGAGGCAAAGGGCAGACGAGCUCUGCGCCGCCAGCCGGACUCCCAGGACUCCGUGGAUUCGACCUCCACCGUCUCCUCCUACCACCCGUCCUCCUCUCUGUCCUCCAACGCCUCCGGCUCUCCGUCCCCUCACUACCGGUUCCGCUCCGCCUCCUCCGGGCCGCUGCUCACCUCUUGCGGCUUGGGCGCCCCGUUGGGCGAGGCAGAGGCGGGUCACAGGGCCGGCAAGACCCAGCACAGGCUCCGGCUGAGCCGCAGCUCCCCGCGCGAGACCUCGGGAAGCCACCGGAGGGAGUCGGACUUCAGCUCGGGGCCACAGCAGCUGGUUCUGUACGGCAGCAACGAGUUCAUGGUGUGAAGCCGGGGAGGGAAAGGAACGCCGGCCGGCCGCCGCCUGUUCACGAGCAGGAGGGGCGUGCGAGAGAGGGGAGGAUGGAGAUGUCCGGGUUGGACGAGGCUGGUUACGGGGUGAGCUUCAUUCUCAGUGUCGCCUGCUGCCCCCUCCUCAGUUCCCACCCCCACCUCCUCCCCUGGUCCAGUCGAACCAGAAAGCUGUGGGAAUAAAAGAAGACUGGCCAUAUUACACAGAGGGACAGAACAACAAAGAUGGUCCAAGGAGAAAAAGACUAACAACUCAUGUGAAUAGCAGAAAGAGUGCAGUGAAAAGUGAGGUUGCCCCUGUGAUCUCAGUGCUGUUUGACCCCUGCUGGAGCACCAGGGGUCGUAAGAGGACAGAAGAAGAGGAAGAAGGGAAGGACGAGUGGUGAGACACAGAAAACACCCACUCCCACAAAAAAGCCAAAUCUUAUUGUGCCCUGUCUUCAUUUUUUAGCAUGUGGUCAGGUGGUUCAACGCCGCCGCGAAGUAAUGUAGCCAUACUGACUGAACUGGCGGACAUUUUGUCUGUAACCAGCGCCAAGCUAAGUCUGCGUUCUCUCGUUUACACAGGACACACCAGCCAAGAGGCUGCAUGCUCCUUCAUCACACUUUUUCCGACGUCAAUUUGAAGAAACUGUACAGAAAUGUGUCACAGCUAUAUGUUACAUAUUAUUAUUAUUAUUAUUAUUAUUAUUAUUAUUGUUAUUAUGUUACAGAGGAAAAAUGUGUACAUAGGAAGAAAGUCCAGUGCUGCUCCUGGGUCGUUCAUGUUGAUUUGUCUUUAUGUCCUGUUCUCGUUUUACAAAAGUGAAGUGUCAGGAAUUCAGGUUCCACUUUAGUUUCUUUGCUGGAAUUGUCCAGUUUCUUGCCCUUAGGUUUUGUUUUGUUUUUUCCUUUUCCUGUUUCACAAUGAACAGAGCCAGUUUGGGGCGUCCUUGGGUUAUACUCUUUCGAAAACAUAGAAGGAAAAGCUGUCAGUCUGUGCUACGUGCUGGGUGUCACGUGCACGUGAGCCGAGUUGUCAAAUGCCAGUCAGCCGUAAAGUGUUUCGUUUCGACCUUCUUUCCCUGCCAGCUUUUUGUUUUUCCUUCUGUUUUAUUCUGAAGCAUCAGUGUUACGUGUCAGGACUUGAAUAUUUUUUUUAAUAUAUUCUAUUGCUGUGUUACACAUUGGUGUUGUUAUUGAUAUCAAAGAUGUCCUUUUUUUGUCGUCAAUAUUGUUUAACGGUUUAUUUUUGCUCAGAUGAAAGCCAUUUUUUCCUUUUCCUGUCUGUCCGUGUGUGUGUGUGUGUGUGUCCGUGUGUGUGUGUGUGUGUGUGUGUGUGUGUGUGUCUGUCCGUGUGUGUGUGUGUGUGUGUGUGUGUGUCUGUCCGUGUGUGUGUGUGUGUGUGUGUGUGUGUGUGUGUGUGUUUCUGAAUGAAUGAAUGAGUGAUCAAUUCCUGCCACUGCAUCAGCUCCCACUUUGUGCAUGUGAAGUCCAUAUACACACACACACACACACACACACACACACACACACACACACACACACACGUUCCCCUAACGUAUUAUACCUAUAAGGCUGGAAAAUCUCUGCAGCCACCAAGGGACACUAAAACUAACUCAGACUUACCAAAUAUAUUUCAUUGUCCUGAUUUCCCAUUGCACCUUUGGAGAAACCUCUGCACCCACUGAAUCACUCUGACCGUCCAUGUUGUCCCCUGAGCCAACAACAACAACAACAACAACAACAAAACUUUCUUCCUCUUCUUGUCAUUUCACAAACACAAGUGUAGCUCUUCCUUCCUCUUCUCUCUCGGCUCCUGCUGUGAAAAGUAGCAUUUAAUCUGCCUGUUAACCAGACGAACAAGUAGCACCGGACUCGGACCGUCCUUUUGUUUCUGCAUAACCCUACUCUCCCGCUGUCUUUUGUCCAUAUCGUGUCAGUGUGUAAUAUUCACUUCUAUGGGCAAACUCAGUAGCUUAACAGGAAUGAUGUCUCCGUACUAAAGCCGCAGUAUCCCUCCUUGCUUGCUGCGUCUGUGCUCAGACACUCGCGGGGGCGACUUCUGCGCCGACCUCUCAACCGACACCAUCAGUGUUAGUCGACGUUUCCUUGAAGCUGGAAGGUCUCAGUGAAGACCGCGCCGGUCUCGGUUUUAAUGCAGAUGUCGAGACCUGCAAUGUGGUGUCCUUUUUAUGACAUUAGCUGUCAACCUGUUUAGAAGAGAGAGAGAGAAACCUGUUUCAGAGAGGAGGUGAAAGGACAAAACUGAUCCCUAGUCAAAUAUCUCUAAGCUGGCAUUUGAAGGGAUGGUAUUUGUACAUGUCCGUGGUGUCUUAUAUGGCAUUCUGCAAAAAAGAAAAGAAAAAAGAAAUGAAAAAAAAAAAAGUGAAUGUACCUGUCACUGGAAGGCAUGCUCUGCUUUCUCCGGUUGUUUUUGUUCCUCUUUUAUACACAGUGUAUGUACUAUUUAUGACCAUGCUUUCGGAGUGUACAUUGAUUUAAAAGAUUCUGUUAUAAAAGGUGUUAUAAAAGGAUAUAUUAUCCUGUGUACGGUUCAUUAUCUACUAUUAAUCAUGGCAACAUUUUUAUCAGGCCGCAACUGGUCUGUUAGGGGGGGGGGGGGGGACAAGCGCUGUGUCUCUCUGUCUGCGCCACUCUGGACACGGUUGUGUAUAGGUGCAAUUUGUGUUAUAUUUCUUUUUUUUAAUGAUACAAACAUGUCUAUGGUUGUAAGAAGAGAAAAAAAGACUUUAUGGGGGGAGAAUUCAUCUGCUUAUUAAAAAAAAGCAAAACUGCAGCCAAACACGGUAGAGUUGUGUCAUAUUUUGCCCGACAGAAAUGUGUACUUGACUUUGACAUACUGUCACAUUUAUUUUUUGCAUCUUCUUUGGGGGAAACGCACGCACGUUGGUUUAAGUUUAAGUUUUCAAGGCCACUUAUUUGCAUACACCGUUUCUGGCCAAAAUACACGGUGUGUAUCCUCGAGGCCUCAAAAAACAUGUUGACUCCAACAUGCCACACAGAGUACACCGCAUUCUUGAAUGGCACCAUUGGAAAGGGCUGAGCUGUUGAAGAUGGUCGAGUGUGGUACCUGCCACGCCACCGGGUUUAUCUGCCCAAGAAGCAGAAGCUCAGGGUGGCAUUUGAUUGUGGAGCCUCCUCUCGUCUGAAACCUCUCGUCUGAAUGAUCCGCUGCUGCAGGGACCAAAUUCAGACGAGAGGUUUCAGACGAGAGGAGGUCGCCGUCGUGGCGUAGAAGCGACGUUCCGCCAAGUGACGGUGCCAGAUGAAGACUCCGGCCUUUUCCAGUUCCUCCGGUGGAGCCUCGGGCGACAUCAGUCAGGACAUGGUGGAGUGUUCAGUGCGACGUCGUCCGUAAAAUGUGCAGAAGACAACGGACGUCGGUCCAACAUUCAAGCUCCACAACUUCUAUGUGGGCGCGACUGUCUUAAAUCAGGCCACUCGGAGGAACGGGCAGUGUCACUGUACCGCACCCUGCCAGAUGUAUGAGGAAAGGGUGGAUUCAGGCCAACCGAUUGGGCCAGCAACCGCAGGGCUGUGCGGUUUGCCAUACCAGGAGAGGAGAUUCGAUUUGAUUUCAUUUGAUCUCUUCGUUUGGAUGGGGAUGCCCUACCGAUAGCAAGAGUUAGAGCAGUUCACUGAUGUACCCAGUCAGACAGCACAGGGCACCCACCAGGAGAAACAUCCCGUCCAUCGUGAGGUCUUACGUCGGUGGAGGACAGCACAGCUUUUAACCUUGCUUUCAGAAAAGCAACAUACAGGGAAGGAGGUGGUCUGUUGGUCCUUUGGCCGACAUCGGACACGUCGGGGCGAAUUUUCAACCGACCUGGUGAAACACUCCCCUCAUUCUCCCUUCAGCUUUCUACUUAUCAUAUUAGAAGGAACACAGGCGUCUCCCCUGAGCACUCAUUCCAGAACAUGCUCACUUGUCCUCGGACAAUGCAACAACCGUCCCCGAGAACAUUCCAGGGUAUAGAGAGCCCGCUACAACCCCGAGCAGGUGACAUGGGCAGUCAUCCACUACGGAAUAGCGCCGUCAGGCUAUUCACCUGGGCCCUGUAUCUUUCUCCUGUAAGAAAACUCGUGAUUUACCACCUGUCAAAUGAAUACUUGUUGUUUUUAUCUGUUUACGCCGGAGACCUGGGGGAGAUUUAAUAAACAAAAUAUUUUUUUACAUCAAACAAAGCUCGACUGACCAAAGUAAUCAGCUGAAUGUAUGACACCAGUACACGUGUCUUCCAGUUUGAAAAGCAUGGAAGCACAACGUUGAUGUAUCCAGUGUGGAGGGUUUGGCAGCUUUCCUUAACGAUCUGACGUGGAAGCAUCCUCAAUGUUAUUACUAGUGUAUUUAUGCAUUUUGCUGUUUUAAGUUUUAAAUUCAUUGAUUCUUAGCCAAUAGGAACGCCCCAGCCCCCCUUCCCGUCGUGCACCGGGGCACGAUUGAAAGUGAAGGAACAGCGGGGAAGAUUCCACCGCCGCUGCGCUUUUGUUUCCCAGCUGCGACGCGUUCACGGACCGCCCGUAAAAAAAACAAAAAAAAAAAACCGGGCAGGGAUUGAGAAGAAAUGGAAACACAAGGCAUGAACGCGGAGUUUCUUUUCCCGCAAAGUGAAAGUCCACGUUCAGGUUAUCGCUUUCUUUUUUGGCGAACUGACAGUGAAUCAGCUGUCACCACCGGAUGCGCUGGUGAAACCUACUGAGGUUAUAUCAGCUGACCCGACUCCGUCUGUCGCAGGACGCAGCUGACACCGCAUCCUGCUGCAUCACGAUGUCUGUCAACAAAACCAUUGUUUUCUUCGACCUGGAGACAACUGGAUUAGAAACCGACUUGUGUGACAUCAUCCAGUUGGCCGCUGUCUGUGGAGAGAAGGUCUUCAAUGUCUACGCCCUCCCCUCCCGCGCCAUGACCGAGAGCGCCAAGCGGGUCACAGGCUUCACCGUCGGCGAUGGCGUCCUGUCUCUCCGCGGGAAACGCAUGCACACCACUCCCAUCAUGGAGGCUCUUACCUCCUUCAUCGCCUUCCUCCGCUCCUUCCCCUGCCCCGUGCUGCUGGCGGCCCACAGCGCGUGGCGGUUUGAUGCGCCCGUGCUCACCAGAGUGCUGCGGAAAUGCCACCUGCUGCGGGAGUUCCAGGAGGUGGUGUCCGGGUUUCUCGAUACCUUCCCGCUGAGCAAGAAGCUCUAUCCGUACCUCUCCAAGCAUUCCCAGGAGUAUAUGGUCAGGCACUUCCUUAAAAGUACCUACGAAGCCCACAACGCUGUGGAGGACGCGAGGAUGCUGCAGGAGCUGUACACAAGCUGGAAUCCGAGUAUAAAGAACAUCUCGAGCUGUAUAAGUCCCACCCGAAGGUUUGGGUAAAGCUUCAGGAACUCUACAACUGCAACUUUCUUCACAGGAAGAACUGUGAUUGAAAGGAAAAUGAGAGGAAAAUGAAAUCUCUUGUGAUCACACAAAUAAUGCACGCUACUCUCCAAACUCAAUAAAAUGUUCUUUCAAUUUGAUUUGUAGCUUUGUUUCAGUCACAUGUAACGUUUUGUACUCUCUCCAGUUAAUAGUGGCAGUGUCCACACAUGCCAUUAAAGGUCUUUACUCUGUGAAAUUG